UUAUAAGUAGCAUGCCUGUUGGUACACCAGAUUACGUUGCACCAGAAGUCUUAACUGCUAUGAAUGCUGGUCCUAGUAACAGCAAAAGUUACGGAGUUGAAUGUGAUUGGUGGUCUUUAGGUAUAGUAACUUAUGAAAUGGUAUUUGGCUGCACGCCAUUUGCUAGUGAGAAAGUCCUCGUCACCUACAAUAACAUCAUGAAUUUUAAGAAUUCUUUAAAUUUUCCACCUGAAGAAUCAGAAGUUUCAGAAAUGUUGAUAGACUUGAUAAAAAACUUGCUUCAAGAGGCUUCUCUUCGAUUUGGCUAUGAUCAGCUUAUUGUUCAUCCCUUGUUUAUAGAUAUAGACUGGAAUAAUAUCCGCCACACUGCCCCACCUUUUGUGCCAAAUGUAUCAAGUGUCGAUGACACUUCUAAUUUUGAUGAUUUUGAGCCAGAAAAUCGGCCAUCUAUAGGAGAUCUGAAAUCUAAGCGAGAAUUUUCUGGAAAGAAUUUACCUUUCAUUGGCUUUACUUACACUUCACCAUUUGAAACUCAUGUAGAAAGGUUAUCUUCUGCUGAUGAUUCAAGUACAUUUUCUCCUUGUUCUUCUCUUGAUUUUGAUUCACUUCCAAGGAAAAGAGAAAUAACAACUUUACAGUCUAAAGUGUUUGAAUUAACUGAUCUGGAAAAUCAAUUAAAAAGAAACAUUUCAAACUUGAAAAGAGAUUUGGAAACCAAAACAAAUGAACUUGAAAGUUGUAGAAAUGAACAAAAAAUGUUAGAACACUUAGUUAGUGAAUUACAAGCUGAAGUAAAACAAGUAAAACAGCUGCUCAGUUAUGAACGUGAGCACAGGGUACUCAUUGAACAAAAAGGAGUUCAGCUUGUUCGCUGCAUGAAAACCAAGCACAGGCAGGAUGCUCUACGCUUAAAAAUGAGAAGUCAAGAAUUUAACAAAGAUAAUGAUGAAGAAAAACUCAGCCUUCAAGAGCAACUCGAAGAUGCACAUGCAAAAAUAGAUGAAUUUUUGAUGGAAAAAGUUGAAUUGAUAGAAAGUUUGCAAGACACAAAGUUCAUACUUUUGGAAUGCCAAAAGAAGUUGCAUGAGAAGGAACAAAAACUUCUUUCAUUCACGUCUGAUUCAACUCUGAAUGAAAGUGAAACGAGCUGCAGUUCCACUGAAAUUGAUUUAAAACAAGUUGUUAAGAAGCUAGAGAAAAAGAAUAUAACCUUAGAAAAGGAAUUGGAAGCAGCAACAUCUGCUAAAGAGAAAGCCGAGGCCCAGGCUCUGUCACUAAAAAAAGCUAUUGUUCAGUUAGAAAAUGAAAUGAAAGAGAUGGAGAGAAAAAAUCUUGAGGUUUCAUGUCCGACCCAAGAUGAACAGGUUUGUAAAACCAAAAUUAUAUUGUUAAAAUUAUGCAUAUAAAGAAAUAUUCUUGCAUGAUGGUUCUAUAAUGUGUUUCUG